AUGCAUGUAUUACAGUUCAUCUUUCGUUUUCUCCAAUCAUUUGUUUCAUUUUUAUUUGCUUCCGUAUUUUUAUUUUGUUUAUCUCUUAUUACUUAUAUAACAACAAAAAAGCAUUUCAUACCAACAUCUAAACUUGAUGUUAAUGUUCCGCUAGGUCUUGCGCCAAUAAUAUUAUCUUCGAUUAGAACGGCCGACUAUACUAUUCACACAUCACCAGUAAUACCAGCGUAUCUUGUCGGUUUUGUUAAUCUCACACAAUAUAAACUUGCUCAACUUGACUCUCGAUACCACUAUCAAGUUGAAUUAGAAUGUUCUGUUCCAAAAAGUUAUAUUAAUCGUCAACUUGGCUCAUUUAUAGCACAAAUACUAUUACGAACAAAACCAAAUCCAUCAUAUGAUGAUGAUGUAACAAGAUUUGGUGCAAUCAUUGCCGAUCAUUCUCGUUCAAUUAUUUUUCCAUAUGAAUCGAAUAUAAUAAGAAUAGCACGAUAUUUACUGUUUCUACCAUUGUAUAUAUUUUAUUUCUCAACCGACAUAUAUCGUAUAAAAACAAUAAUCAUUGAACGUCUCAUAUUAGAAUCAUCAUCAUAUAUUGAAUUAAUACAAUUAAACAUUUUACCAUCAACAUUUCAAUUGAUCUCAUGUCAACUACAUUUUCAUAUUCUCGAUCUAACCGGUUUGACUUAUUCAUUCAUUUAUUAUCCAAAAAUAACCGGUGUUAUAACUGUUUUUGUUUUAUUUUCACUUUAUAUGACAUUUUAUUUAUCCAUAGCUGGUUUAACGUUCAUCAACAAAGUUCUAUUAACAGAUGAUAAAGAGAAUAUAGACAAAAGUUUAACAACAAAGUUGAGUAAUGAUAUUGAAGAGAAAGUUGGUGAUGAAGAUAGGACAAUAAGAAAAAUUUUGUAA